ACGCGGCCGGGCUUCUCAGUGAAUGCCCGCGCGCCUCCCCCGCAGCCCGGCCCGGCCCACCCUUUGCCCAUCAGCGGCGGAAGGCCUGCUCUCCGCAGCAGCGCUGUCGCUCUGGGUCCCUGGUCCCCGUCCUUCCACCCGCAUGAUCCCUGGCCCCGAGCCCCGUUCCCCAGUGUGUCCCGUUGUGAAUGCUGCACCCUGUCCUGGUGACAGGAGAACAAUGUUGGUGAACGUCGAAGAGGGUGUCCGAAUGGUCUGUGCGCCCCGGGAGCGAGGGGCCGGAAGCCCGGUCGGCCGGCGACCUGGCGAUAGCGCUCUAUCUGCGCCGGCGGCUCGGCCUCGGGGUUAUUUCUGGCGGGGUGGCCGUGUUGUGGUCGGUUCGGCAGGCGCACCAGGGCCGGGGAGGGGCUGGGCGGCCUUAUCGCCCUGUUCCGCGACCACCGCCCGGCGCUCCAGAGCUCGCCCGGUCGCCGACCUCUCGCCAUGGGCUUCGGUGAGUCUGGGGUCUGCCCGGGCCGCGCGCUCCCCGAGGACAUCUGGCGGGGAGGCUUUUGGUCCUCUGGGCUGCAGUCAGAGCGGUUCGGGCCAGACCCGGAGGACGCUUCCAGCAGGCGGGCGGGUGGCAAGGCUCGCGGGCGGUGGCGAUGCCGCCCGGGACCCCGCGGGCCGGGCUCACUGCGGCGCUUGCCUUCCAGGGCCGCGCGGGGCGCUGAGCCUGCUGCUGCUGCUGCUCGCGCCGCCGGGCCGCUCGGCCGCGGGCUGUCCCGCCCCGUGUCGCUGCGCGGGGACGCUCGUGGACUGCGGGCGCCGCGGCCUGACGUGGGCCUCGCUGCCGGCCGCCUUCCCGCCAGACACGACCGAGCUGGUGCUGACCGGCAACAACCUGACGGCGCUGCCGCCCGGGCUGCUGGACGCGCUGCCGGUGCUCCGCGCCGCGCACCUGGGCGCCAACCCCUGGCGCUGCGACUGCCGCCUGGUGCCGCUGCGGGCCUGGCUGGCCGGCCGGCCCGAGCGAGAGCCCUACCGCGACCUGCGCUGCGCCGCGCCCCCCGCGCUGCGGGGCCGCCUGCUGCCCUACCUGGCGGAGGACGAGCUGCGCGCCGCCUGCCCGCCCAGCGCCCUCUGCCGCGCGGCGCUGGCGGCGCAGCUCCUGCUGCUCGGCCUCGGGCUCCUGCACGCGCUGCUGCUGGCGCUGCUGCUGUGCCGCCUGCGGGGCCUGCGCGCCCGCGCCACGCGCCGGAGGCCGCCGAGCGCGCCGCUGGCCGCCGAGCACGCGACCCCCGAGCCGAGCGACUGGCGCUGAACCGUGCGGCCAGGCCCCCUCCCCCGUCCUCACGAUCUCCCAGACCUUCCUCCCCGGCGGCCCCGCGCAGGGGCCCGACUGCUGCGCCACCGCUGGCCACACGCACCCACGCCUGGGCCUGGACCGAGGAGCCCCCUACACUGUCUGCGCUGCCAAUAAACCCUGCUCC